AUGUUUGAACAUAUGCCAAAUGCUCGUAUUGUUGAUACAGUUUUACCAAUAGCUCAAAAUUUAUUUCGUGCACAUGCUGCACCAGUCACAUUUUUAUAUCAUACUUUAUUUGUAUAUGAAAAAAAAUUACGAGAAAAAUCAAAUUUUCGACAAUCACUUAUUAUUGGAACAAUUGGAAAUAUUUAUCAAAUGCGUAAAAUGGAAUGGUGUUUUUCAAAUAAUUUUACAUCUUAUGUAGAAAAUUAUCUUCGUCUUGAUGGAGAAAAACGACAAUUACCAUCGCCGAUAUUUAAUUCACGUUAUGCUAUCGAUUUAUUACAUAAACUUGUUGAUGCUAUUUAUGAAAAAAAUUCUUAUGAAUACAAUAUUGAUUGGCGUUAUAAUGAAUUUGCAAAUCCAUCAUUACAAUUGAUACAUUGUUUAGCUAUUGAAAUAUUUUUUUAUACGGGACAAGAAAAUUUUAAUCCAUGGAAAUUAUUUGCUGAACCAUUUAUAACAGCAGAUGCUUUAAUUCCUCGAGUACAUUUUUUAAAAUAUCUUAAUGCUAUGGGCCUUCUCUUCUCGGCAUUGCCUGACUUUUAUUGGUCUCAAUUAUUCGAACGAAUGUAUCAAAUAUUUGAACAUCCACUUUUAUUACGUUGUUCACCAACUGAUAUAAUGGAUUUACUUAAUUUUCGUGAACGUUUUUGUACACAUACAGAAAAUAUGGUCUGCUGUUUUGUAGCUGUUGUUCAUUCUAUAUGGCUUCAUGGUAGUAUAAGUCAUUUACAACCAUUUCUUCAUUUGGUUCAAACACAACUUUUACAAACAAUAAAAACUGAAAAUCAAUUAUUAUUAGCAUUUCAAUUAAUUGGACCUUUUCUUCAACGUAUACAAACUGAAUCAACAAAAUUAUUACUUGAAUUUGUUAUUGUUCCUUAUGAUCUUAUUGCACGUGUUGAUAAUCAUCAACAAUCAUUUAUAAAUGUUGAUACAAUAGCAAAUUUUCUUUAUCAUAUUAAAUAUAUUGUUGUUGGUGAUGCAAUACGUGAUCGUAUUGAAACAGUUGUUAAUAAUCUUCAUUGUGAAAAACUUCGUUCACGUCUUCAUUUUCUUUGUGCCAAAACAGACGUUUCAUCAUCUAUACAUUCUCAAGGAUCUGUAACAGCUGCAACACCAUCAUCAGUAACAACAACUGAUCCUCCAAAUUCAAAUGUACCUAGUCAUGGACAAAUAAAACCAGGAACAUCUACAAUGCAAAUGCAAUAUACAACAACAGCAAUGCAAGCACAAUCAUAUGGUGUACCACCACAAAAUAUUCAACAAAAUUUUCAAUUAACAACUAAUAUGACUAAUACUAUGGGAUCGGAUGGAAUUCAACAACAACGAUAG